AUGAAAAGAGCAAUCGAGAGACGUUGGCGUGAUUCUGCUUCGUUGAUAGUGCUAGCUAAGCGAAAUGUGGAUGCGAUAUCGAAGUCAAACACGGAUGCGUGUAACUAUGAUAUCUUGUUGCAGACUCGAACGCAUAACGCAUCUUUCUCGAACAGUGUAGUAUUUCCGGGCGGAGUGACAGAGGAGGCCGACGCCAGCGAUCACUGGCUACCUCUGUUCACCAAUUUCGGGUACACGAAGCGCGAUUUUGAGGCGCUCCAUCGCCCAGGAUCCCCCGCCAACCCCAUUUUUAAAGACGAUCCCGUGCGCAGGCACAUUGCAUUAAGAAUUAGUGCUAUACGAGAGACAUUUGAGGAGCUCGGACUGCUUAUUUGUAGUACGGAACACAAAAAUAAUAAGCCGGACAUUUGGAGUGGCAUCCUUUCUAAUGUAGACACUAAACAUUGGCAGAGCAAGAUCAGCAAAAAUCCAUCAGAAUUGUUCAAUCUUUGUAAAGAGUAUAAUUGUUAUCCUGACAUCUGGUCUUUACAUUAUUGGAGCAACUGGUUAUCUCCUGUUACAUUGCCAAAGCGUUUUGAUACCGCUUUCUAUGUUGCAGCAGUAAAGGAUAAGCCUGCCAAUAUUCAAAGCAGUAAUGAAGUAGUGAAGGUUGAGUGGGAUCAUCCAAUUAAUUUAUUGGAAAGGAACACUAAAGGAGAAGUAAUACUACAUCCACCACAAGGCUAUGAAUUAAGUCGUUUCAGCCAUAUAACUGAUUUAGGGAAAUUAAUCAGUUUUGCGCGAAAUAUUACCAGUCAGGGUAAUGAGCUUAUUUUCCCAAUCCCUAUACGGGCUAAGGAUGGAUAUGUAUUUUUGUUACCAGGUGACCACUUAUACCCAGCGAAUGUAGAUUACAACGCGCAAAUAAUCACUAAAGACAAGACGACAAAGGAACUUCGUGAUACUACUAAAACUCUACAUCGCCUCGAGAUUGCUGGAUCUGAAAGAUUGAUUGUAGUACACAAUUAUACACCAAAGAACCAUAUCAAUAUGGGAAAUCAAAUCAAGUCUGUGAACAUUACAAUUCAUCAAUAA